AUGUCGGAGAGCGAGAGCAACUCUGACCAGUCUGCUAGCGACUCUGAAGUUGCUGGGGAUUCAUCUACAGCGUGGAAAUUUAUUGAUGAGCCCUCACCCCAGCUUCACGUAGAGGAUGUGGAAGAAUUUCUGCUGAGCAAGGCUAGAACAGAGGCAAAUCGUGUUGCCAAGAAGUUGUUAGUGCGCAUUUUUGGCACUGAACACCGCCUUCCAUCAGAUGUGACCACGCAAGACAUCAUGAAAGCUUGGUUGGAUCCGUCAUUUCUUGCUGUCGCGCAGCGGCACGUGAACAGCAGUCUGGCACAAUCUGCGUUCGUAUCACGUUCGGAUUUACUGAAGUUUUUGCAAGUGGAAUUAUGGCUGGCAUUCUAUUCAGUGUCGCCAUCAAAUUUUUACGAGCGCUCAAAUAAGCAGUACUAUCCGCCGGUGAAAUCCGUUAUGCCAUCCAAGCGAUACUUUGCUAUCCUGCGCGCGUUUGGCAAACCCAAUGCAGAAGACGAUGUAUCGUCAACACACUGGAAAGCUCCUUUUCAGCAUGAUCCUAAUUUGUCUCACGCGAUGGAUGAACUAUGUCGACUCUGUUCCAGAUUUGGCUUUGUUUCUGAGGUAUCAAUUGCGAGCCUCGACGACGAUUUGCUACGCCUUCGAUCGAGUGCAGUGGAUGAUCUUGGGUUAAAUCGAACUCGAAACCCUAAGAAGGGAUAUGGUCCUGUUCAACAUGGAAUAGUGUCACUUGCGACAGGUCUCUUUCUCGGUGGACAUAUUGCCUCCAAGGGAGAGACUGUGGUUGAUGUAGUGAAGAUUCUUCAACGUGGAUUGUGUGGAGCAACUACAGACAGUCAGAUUCGUUUGCCAGGGAUAAUGUUUGCGUUAGACAGAGGAUAUCAAUCCAAGGAAGUCAACAAGCAAAUUCUGGAGUGUGGGGCUGCGAUUAUUGGAACACACAAGAAGAAUUCAAGUUUUCCUUUCACAUUUGGGGCAGCUCCAAAAAACACCAAAAACUUGUCCGUGAGCAAGGUGCAAAAUAUGCACAUUGGGCAGUAUCUAAACCUGUGCAGCGGGGUGCAGCUAAACCGAAUCAACCUUCAUACGCUUUGGCGUACCGAUCAGGUCUCGGAAAUGUAG